AUGAUAAUUCGUGGAAAAUCCCGACUUCCUUCGACCGAGAUCAGUUCCUAAACCUACGAUCUCCCGUUGAACCAGAACUGAUCCGUUUUGCUUUCUGAGAACCCAAAUGCUUCCCAAAGCUCGUCAUCUCCUCAAACCAUUCUCAACCUCAACAACAGCUUCUCUCACUUGGAGAACCCAAAUCAAACAAGACCAGCUCGCCUCCCAAAUCUCAUCCCUUCUCUUACAGAGGCGCAAUUGGGUCCCGCUCCUUCAAAACCUCAAUCUCUCCUCCAAACUAACCUCGUCUCUCUUCCUCCAAAUUAUCCAAAAAACCCAAACCAGCCCUGAAAUCUCUCUCAACUUCUUCAAUUGGGCCAAAACAAAUCUUGGGUUUCAACCAGACCUCCCGUCUCACUGCCAAAUCAUCCAGCUUUCACUCGCGUCGGGUCUUGUUCAACCCGUGAAGCCCCUCUUGGGUUCUCUGAUUCAGUGUCACCCCGUACCAGUGCUUUUACAGUGCCUGCUUCGAGUUUGUAGAGGUAGAGAUUCUCAGUCUAAUUUAUUAAGCCUAGUUCUUGAAUGUUAUUCGCAGAAGGGUUUGUUCAUGGAGGGGUUAGAGGUGCUCGAGAAAAUGAGAGGUCGUGGGUGUACCCCUUCGGUUCGUGCCUGUAGUGCUCUGCUUGAUUCUUUGUUGCGAGAAAAUGAGACUAAACUGGCUUGGUGUUGCUAUGGUGCCGUAAUUCGUUGUGGGGUGUCGCCGGACCGGUCUAUGUGGUCGUUGGUUGCUCAGAUUUUGUAUAAAAAUGGGAAAUUUGAGAGAAUUGUUAGAUUGUUAGAUGUAGGUCUCUAUACUUCUGUGAUUUGUAAUCUUGUUGUUGAUUUUUAUGGCAAAAGUGGGGAUUUUGGAGCCGCUUUUGAUAUCUUGAAUCAGAUGUGCGAUAGGAAAAUUGACCCGGGUUUUAGUACUUAUAGUUCGGUUCUCGAUGGGGCAUGUAAAUACGAAAAUGCUGUAGUAAUUGAGAACAUAAUGUGCAUUAUGGUGGAGAAGAAGCUGCUACCAAAGAUUCUUUCAUCCGAGUAUGAUUUAGUAGUUCAGAAGCUUUGUGACUUGGGCAAGACGUAUGCGGCGGAGAUGUUCUUUUGGAGAGCUCGUGAUGAGAACAGCGGGUUACAGGAUGCUACUUAUGGGUGUAUGUUAAGAGCAUUGUCGAAGGAAGGCAGAUUAGAGGAAGCGAUUCCAAUAUAUCGUUUAAUCUCUGAGAGGGGUCUUACAGUGAAUGAUAGUAGUUAUAACGCAUUUGUAAAUGUUCUUUGUAAGGAAAAUCAGUCCGAGGAAGCUUGUGAAUUGUUAAGGGAUGUUGUCAGAAGAGGAAGUACUCCGUGUGCAUCAGAAUUGUCUAGAUUUAUAGCAUCACAGUGUAAUAGAGGGAGAUGGAGAGAAGCAGAGGAAUUGUUGAAUUUGACUCUAGAGAAAGGGUUAUUGCCAGAUUCUCUAUGUUGUUGCUUGUUGAUGGGGCAUUACUGCUCCAGCAGACGGAUUGAUUCAGCUAUGGCAUUGCAUGACAAGAUGGAAAGAUGGAAUAAUGGUUUGGAUGCAGCAACUUAUAAUGUACUGCUCAAAGCGCUCUUUUCGGGAAAGAGGAUUGAAGCAGCAGUCAGGGUAUUUGAUUACAUGAGAAGAAUGAAUUUGGCGAGCAGUGCAAGUUUUACGAUUAUGAUUAGUGGACUUUGUCGUGCAAAGGAACUUAGAAAAGCGAUGAAAAUUCAUGAUGAAAUGUUGAACAUGGGGCUUAAACCUGAUCGAGCAGCAUACAAGCGAUUGAUACGUGGUUUUAAAUAACCAAUUAUUUUGG